ACCCUUUUGGAUUGGAUUGAAUCGUCGGGAUGAUGGGGGAGGAGCUUUGAGUUUUUUUUUUUUGUCGACUUCCAUCAAUCCAAAGUCGUCGACCCAUGACUUGCUGAUUCGACUCUACGUCACUCCCACGAUGUUUAUCUCUUCUUCGCCGAUCCCGAGAUUCUGCAUCCUUCCUCACCGAUUCCAAUCCCCAUCCCCAUCGCUCUCCGGUCUGCCGCUUCGCAUUUUGCGAACUGUUGCAUAGCCUUGAAGGGUGAUUUGGAUUCUUGCGCCAGAUCGGUUCGAUGGCUGGUUGCAUUUGGAUUGCAGAGUGCGUUCUUUUGGAUGUUGGGUCCUGAGAUUUCGAGCAUUGGGAGGGCAGAUCGGCUCGUAACUCUGUUCUGUUUGGGCUUUGAACGAACUUGCAAAGUUCGUUCCUUUCUGUUAUGAGUUCCUCUGACGUACACAAAAAUGCUUAUUGAUAUUGCCGUUUGCUUACUGUCUAAGUGUCGUCUUAGGUUGCGGUUUGAUUAGUUGGUGAUUAUAGGUCAGGUUGAAAUCCAAUUUUGUUGCUUGGUUUUUCCGCCACUUCUGUAAGAAAAGACAUCUAUUUCUCAGGAAAGCUGCCAGCUUUUCCUGCACAAACGGAGCCAUUUUGGGGUUUUAGGUUGCAUCAGAUGCAUUUGGAGAAUUACGAAACUAUUCCUUGUUCUGUUCAUUUGGCAAUAUUAGUUUGACAUAUCUGGAAAUUGAGGAUUUAUAGUUUAUGCAUUAAGGCAUGGAUAUAAGCAAUGAGGCAAGCGUCGAUCGGUUCUCGAUUGGCCCUUCAACAAUCAUGGGGCGAACAAUUGCUUUUAGGAUCCUAUUCUGUAAAUCCCUGUCCCAUCUGCAACAUGAAAUAUUGCGUAUACUUUUGGCUUACUUAUAUAGGAUGAGAGCCUUGGUGGCUCCUGUGUUUUCUUGGUUGCAUCCGAGAAAUCCGCAAGGGAUCCUAGCGAUGGUGACUAUUGUUGCUUUCUUGUUGAAACGGUACACCAAUGUAAAAGCCAGGGCCGAAAUGGCCUACCGGAGGAAAUUUUGGAGGAAUAUGAUGAGAACUGCGCUGACCUACGAGGAGUGGGCUCAUGCUGCAAAGAUGCUCGACAAGGAGACGUUAAGGAUGAAUGAUUGUGCCCUUUACGAUGAAGAACUGGUGAGGAAUACGCUUCAAGUGCUCCACCAGCGUCGCCAGGAGGGAUCUCUGCGAGAUAUCAUCUUUUGCAUGAGAGCCGAUCUAGUGAGAAAUCUCGGCAACAUGUGCAAUUCCGAGCUUCACAAAGGCAGGCUUCAAGUGCCGAAGCUCAUAAAGGACUACAUUGACGAGGUGUCGACACAGUUAAGAAUGGUGUGUCAAUCAGACUCUGAAGAGCUCUCUUUGGAAGAGAAGCUUGCUUUCAUGCACGAAACUAGGCAUGCCUUUGGCAGGACGGCUCUGCUUUUGAGUGGAGGAGCUUCCCUCGGAGCAUUUCACAUCGGCGUGGUGAAAACGUUGGUGGAGCACAAGCUUUUACCUAGAAUAAUUGCAGGCUCCAGUGUUGGAUCCAUCGUGUGUGCCGUCGUCGCGACAAGGUCUUGGCCUGAGCUCCAGAGUUUCUUUGAGGACUCUUUGCACUCGUUGCAGUUCUUCGAUCAAUUAGGUGGCAUUUUUACAGUUGUGAGAAGGGUCAUGACACAAGGAGCUGUUCAUGAGAUCAGACAUUUGCAGUGGAUGUUGAGGCACCUCACCAGUAAUCUUACGUUUCAAGAAGCCUAUGACAUGACUGGACGAGUUCUUGGGAUAACAGUGUGCUCGCCAAGGAAGCACGAGCCCCCUAGAUGUCUCAAUUACUUGACUUCGCCUCAUGUGGUGAUAUGGAGCGCAGUGACCGCCUCUUGUGCCUUCCCUGGUCUUUUUGAAGCUCAGGAACUAAUGGCAAAGGAUCGGAGUGGAGAAAUUGUUCCAUACCAUCCGCCAUUCAAUUUGGAACCAGAGGAGGGGUCAGGCCCAUCUAUGCGUCGGUGGAGGGAUGGUAGCUUGGAGAUUGAUUUGCCCAUGAUGCAGCUGAAGGAGCUGUUCAAUGUCAAUCAUUUCAUUGUCAGUCAGGCAAACCCUCAUAUUGCACCAUUUUUAAGGCUCAAGGACUUUGUUAGAGCUUAUGGAGGAAACUUUGCUGCCAAGCUUGCUCACCUUGCUGAGAUGGAGGUAAAACAUAGAUGCAACCAAGUACUAGAACUUGGUUUUCCUUUGGGAGGAAUAGCCCAGCUGUUUGCUCAAGAUUGGGAGGGCGAUGUCACUGUUGUUGUGCCUGCAACACUUGCUCAGUACUCAAAGCUACUGCAAAAUCCAUCUCUUGUGGAGCUGCAAAAGGCGGUCAAUCAGGGGAGGAGGUGCACUUGGGAGAAGCUCUCGGCCAUAAAAGCCAAUUGUGGCAUUGAACUUGCUCUCGAUGAAUGCGUUGCGGUCCUAAACCACAUGCGCAGACUCAAAAGAAGCGCCGAGAGAGCAGCAGCCGCUUCUUCUCACGGUAUAGCCAACACGGUCAGGUUCCAUGCUUCUAGGAGGAUCCCUUCAUGGAAUUGCCUUGCUCGAGAAAACUCAACUGGAUCCCUUGAGGAAGACCUCCUCAACGACAUGGCUUCCUCCUUACAUCCUCAGGGAAGUGGUGCAUCAGGAGGAUUGUCGGGCAGAAACUUAUGGGCACACAGGCAUGACGAAAGCGAUAGUGAAUCGGAGAACGUCGAUUUGAAUUCAUGGACGAGAUCAGGUGGCCCAUUGAUGAGGACUGCGUCGGCAAAUAAGUUCAUCGAUUUCGUCCAGAAUUUGGACAUUGAAGUCGAACUGAAGAUGUUGCCUAGUCCAAAUUCUACCAAUGCUCAGAUGGGAAGAGACUCACUUUUCCACACCUCGAGGGUGAUUACACCAGACCGGAGUUCAGAGGGCAUGGAGUUUGACCAGAGGGAGCUAGGGACCAGAAACAGCUCGAGCAUAACAGUCAAUGAAGGCGAUCUUUUACAGGCAGAAAGGAUUUCUGAUGGGUUCGUGCUCAAUGUUGUGCGAAGAGAGGAUCUGGCAUCGCCAAAUAGAAGUGGGGACUGCAGCUGCGAAGUCCCCGAAUGCUUGCAACUGGAUUCGCCAGAGAAGGAGAUGGAUGUGAGUUCGGCAUCCGAAUCUGGCGAUGAUACAACGAACGUUGAAAGUAGCUCAAAUCUAACUACUCUAGAUGCCAAUGCUGAUUCUCAUUACAGAAAUGAACAGAUCCCUGCAGAUGGUGCCUCUUCAUAACCUCAAUGAGUGGACUCUCAAUCAUCUUUCCCGUUAGCUAAUGCUGCCUACCAAUCAAAGCCAGCUUGAAUAGUCAAGGUUGCAUAGGAAUUUCCCUCAUGCUGUUUUUGGCAUCAGGGUGAGUCAAGUUGCAUAAUCGGCGGCGCUACCUCCAGUCGAAAAGCCAGUAGCUCCGAAUUUAAGUUUCUGUUCUUGAAUUAGAAAUUGCUCAUUCUCUCUUGCUUAUGAGAUUGAUUGUUGAUGAUCAGGAAUUUUAAGUGGUAUGCACGUUUGGUCAUUUU